AUGGUGCCUCGUGUCUCGAUCAGCCUCGAUAUGACACCGACAGACGUGUCGUUGAGCCAAUUCAUUGCGGGCCACAAGCUACAGGCCGAGCCCACGCCGCCACCGCCAGUAGAAACGUCGCAGAGCAUGGAUGCCACGCCGGUCAAUGUGUCGUUGAGUCGGUUUCUGGACGGUGACGCGAUGCCCAUGACAGCCAGCGUUGAUUUAACGCCAAGUAACGUGUCCUUGAGCACGUUUACUGCCGGGUAUCACGCCCCGUCACCAGACAUCCGCCGAGACGCGACCCCAGCGACGAGCGUCGACACAACGCCGACGGACGUGUCGCUCAGUGUCUUCACGACAGGGUACCACCAAGACGUUGGGCCCUCGGCGCAGCCAAGUGUCUGCGAUAGCAUGGACGUGACGUCGUCUCUCAGUCGCUACGUCACGGGCUAUGACGCCGCGCCGACAGCCGUCUCGGCGAGCAUGGACAUGUGCGACGUAUCGCUGAGUACAUUUGUCGCGGGCCACGCACCAAGGACCGCGUCACCGCGGGUCUCUCAGAGCCUCGACCCAACGACAUCCUCCUUCAGUGCCUUCACGGCAGGCUACAACCGCCGCAGUGUCGAGACGAGCGCAAGUCUGAACCUCGGCAACAUCUCUUUGAGUGAGUUUACCUCGGGGUACCAGCCGACCGACACUGUAGCAGCAAGCAUCGAGCUCCCCGUCAACAUGUCCCUGAGCACGUUUGUGGCCGGGCACCAUCCGUUGUCGCCUAAAACAUGCGCCGCGGUGACAGGCGACCCAGCGCCAUCCGUACGAGCCGCCGUGACGUCCUCCAGCAGCAGCAUCGACCUCACCAACGUCUCGCUCAGUCACUUUGUGCAUGGACAUGAUCUCG